AGUGACAUGACGUAGGUAGAUCAGAGUCGAAAGACGAGCAUUCUGAAGUGGACGCAGUAAAUAUACUUUUCCACACUGUAGAAUUGCAAGCUACAGUAUGAACUGGAAUAAGGGAGGCCCGGCGGGCAAGCGAGGCUUUGGGUUCGGGGGCUUCGCUCUUGGUGGGGGAGGCAAGAAGGAAGAGCCCCUACCGCAGAAGUCCCACACUUCCUUUGGCGCAUCAGGCUCGGCUGGAGGCUAUGGCAAGAAUCAGCAGCUGCCUGCCUUCUACAAGAUAGGCACCAAAAGAGCUAACUUUGACGAGGAGAAUGCGUACUUUGAGGAUGAUGAGGAGGAGGCGAGCUCCAAUGACCUGCCCUAUAUUCCGGCAGAGAACUCUCCGUCGCGGAAACAGUUCCAGUCUGGAGGCGGAGGGGGCUCAGACAGCGAAGACGAUCCACUGGAUGCCUUCAUGGCCGAGGUCGAGAAUCAAGCUGCCAAGGACAUGAAGAGAUUGGAGGAGAAAGAGAAACAGAAGGCAGCCAAGGGUAUACGAGAUGACAUUGAAGAGGAAGAUGAUCAAGAGGCUUAUUUCCGCUACAUGGCUGAGAACCCCACAGCCGGCCUGACCCAGGAGGAGGAGGACGAGAACAUCGACUAUGACAGCGACGGCAACCCCAUCGCCCCUCUGGCCAAGAAGAUCAUCAUGCCCCUGCCACCCCUAGACCACUCUGAGAUCGAUUACGAGCCCUUCGAGAAGAACUUCUAUGAGGAGCACGAGGAGCUUAACAGCCUUACAGGAACACAGGUGGUGGAGCUCAGACAGAAACUCAACCUAAGGGUGUCGGGAGCGGCGGCCCCUAAGCCGGCAACGAGCUUCGCCCACUUCAACUUUGACGAGCAGCUCAUGCACCUGAUCCGCAAGUCCGAGUACACUCAGCCCACGCCCAUCCAGUGCCAGGGUGUGCCCAUUGCCCUGAGCGGCCGUGACAUGAUCGGCAUCGCCAAAACGGGUAGCGGUAAGACGGCCGCCUUCAUCUGGCCCAUGCUGGUGCACAUCAUGGACCAGAAGGACCUGCAGCCGGGAGACGGCCCCAUCGCCGUCAUCGUCUGCCCCACCAGAGAGCUGUGCCAGCAGAUCCAUUCGGAGUGUAAGCGCUUUGGGAAGGCAUAUGGUCUGCACUCGGUGGCCGUGUACGGAGGAGGCAGCAUGUGGGAGCAGGCCAAAGCUCUACAGGAGGGCGCCGAGAUCGUGGUGUGCACUCCGGGUCGUCUGAUUGACCAUGUGAAGAAGAAGGCCACCUCUCUGCAGCGGGUCACCUACCUGGUGUUUGAUGAGGCCGACCGCAUGUUUGACAUGGGCUUUGAAUACCAGGUUAGAUCCAUCGCCAGCCACGUCCGGCCAGACAGGCAAACUCUGUUGUUCAGCGCUACGUUCCGCAAGAAGAUCGAGAAGCUGGCACGAGACAUCCUGGUCGACCCCAUCCGAGUGGUGCAGGGAGAUGUUGGAGAGGCCAAUGAGGACGUUCUGCAGCUGGUGGAGAUUCUGGGGGCGGGCGUGGACAAGUGGGGCUGGCUGACGCGGCGGCUGGUGGAGUUCACCUCUUCCGGCUCUGUGCUCAUCUUCGUCACCAAGAAGUCCAACAGCGAGGAGCUGGCGGCCAACCUGACGCAGGAGGGCCACACGCUGGGCCUGCUGCACGGCGACAUGGACCAGAGCGAGAGGAACCGCGUCAUCGCCGACUUCAAGAAGAAGAGCGUGCCCAUCCUGGUGGCUACCGACGUGGCAGCCCGUGGUCUGGACAUUCCCUCCAUCCGCACGGUAGUGAACUAUGAUGUUGCCAGAGACAUCGACACGCACACACACAGAAUCGGUCGUACCGGCCGUGCUGGAGAAAAGGGUGUGGCCUACACCCUCCUCACCAACAAAGACACUACAUUCGCUGGAGACCUGGUCCGUAACCUGGAGGGAGCCAAUCAGGGUGUCUCGAAGGACCUGAUGGACCUUGCCAUGCAGAAUUCCUGGUUCAGGAAGUCUCGCUUCAAAGGAGGGAAGGGGAAGAAGCUGAACAUCGGAGGUGGUGGCCUGGGGUACAGAGAGAGACCUGGUCUUGGAGCAGACAUCUCGGAACACGGUGGUGGUGGUGGUGGUGGUGGCGGCGGCGGUGGUGGUGGUGGUGGGAGUUCAGCAUCGGCAGCCCUCGGGAACUACGAAGCCUACAAGCCCUCUGGGGGAGCCAUGGGAGACCGCAUGUCAGCUAUGAAGACGGCUUUCCAGUCCCAAUACAAGAACCACUUUGUGGCCGCGUCAGACAACGCCCCCAAGCUCUCCACCAAGUCCAGCAGCACGUCUGGCUGGACCAGCGCGGGCAGCCUGAGCUCCAUCCCCUGCGGAGCUCCAGAGGGUCUGGACCGCCCCGUCCACAUGUCCCCCAUGGCCAUGCCCCAAUCCCUGUCCUCUAUUCCUCCACCACCACCACCCGCCGCCCCAUCCUCCUACAGCUCCAUGCCCCCUCCGCCCUCCCUCAGCAUGGGCACUAAGAUGCCAGGCUUUGCCAGUGCGGGUUCCCUCAGCUCCGUGCCCGCCGACGCCUCCCGUGGAGACCGGUACGGGGAUGACCGCGGCGGCAGCAGCCGGCACGGAGGAGAUCGAGACAGGGAGAGGGAUCACGAGCGGGAUCGCGGGGACCGCGGGGACAGGGACCGCGGGGACAGGGACCGGGAUCGUGGUGACCGGUACGGGGAUCGGGACAGAGACCGCCAUGGCAACCGCGACAGGGAACGUGAACGUGAUCGCGACCGCCACGGCGAUCGAGACAGGGACCGCGACAGAGAUCGCUACGGUGACAGCAGAAACGGUGACAGCCGGAGGGAUCGCGAGGGCCGGUCAGAACGGGAUGAUCGUGACGGUGAGGCCGGAUUCGCCGUCCCCGACCUCCCGAAGCGCAAGAAGAGCAGAUGGGACAACUGAAGAGUCCACGUCGAAAAGCAGAUGCACCACCACCUACUCUUCCAACAACUACAGCACUCAACGUGGGUGGAAAAACAAGAGUGUGGAGACGGGGAAAAAACGGCAACAUCUGCCUUUUUCCCCCCUCUCUCUCUCUCUUUCUCUCUCUCUGUUGCUUUUAAAUUAUGGACUGAAUGACCAUGGGGAGGUGCUGUUGCGGUUGGAGGAGCCCGAGAGUGCAUCUGUUAUCUAACUAGAACUGCAUAGCCAGUAGCAAAAACACCAAACGCUACCAUCUCCACUUCUCUUGGAUGAACAGCACAGCACAUACAGUAGCCUCAUGUCCCCCACCCCACCUCUCGUCUACCCAUCCACCCCUGAUGAUGAGGAUGGAGAGGACGGACCGAGAAAAGGGUUUUAAACAUGGGACUUCACCGAUGAAGUGAUUCAGAUUGAAGAGGCUUUUUUUCCCCCGGAAAACUGUUGUUGCCGUCAUAGCUGAUGUUUUUAUAUCCCUCCUCAAGUCUCCUAGGGAGUAUGCAAAGAGCCUGUUUCAGUUGUAAUCCAGGUUAAAUUAAUCUUGAGGUAGUGGUAAAUCAUCUAAUAGAAGAGCCUGGAAUCCUUAUUUUCUUACCUAAAUGACGCCUCUUGGCUAACAAUAAGCUAUUAGUGCUAUUCCAAAAACCUGGCUGAGAUCAACCUGGCUAAAUUAGCUACAGACGGUGGUAAUCCUGCAAGUAGAUCGCCUACGCGCGUCAUUUAGUUAAGGAAAUGAGGAGUCCAUGCUCUUAUAUUAGCUGCUUUACCACUGCCUCCAGGUUAACUUAGCCUAGAUUUCUACUGAACCUCUUGGAAUACUGCCCAGACCCACUGGCGUCCACGUUAACCAACGUCCUCCUCGGAGUUUCUCUGUAAAGUUUGCCGUUUGUAUUGUACCUACCAAGUCAUUUUACUGUGUUGAUACGAAAUACUUAGUUAGAACUCUCUUUGAGUUGUUGAGCUUGAAAAUCUUUUAGCUGUGCCUUUGAUCAGCGCACAGGGAUUGUCAUUUGUCAUUUGUUUUUUCUUCUUUCUUUUGGUUUUGUUGUUGUUGUUUUUUUAAGGAAAUUGUUAAACAAGGGACUGUACAAAAAGAGAGUGUAUGUAGUAUGUGUUAUACGUGUGCGUGUAUAAACUUGUGCAUAGGACGAGACUGCAUCAUACACACAGUGAGAAGAGGAGGCUUUUCAGAGAAAGAAAACGGGAUGUCUAUUUUGUGAAUUUCUGCUGUACUGCUAGGUAAUCUCUGACUGUUCAUUCAAAAUGUCAUUGCAUUAAUGCAAAUACAUUUAUUGUGCAGUUUCGUCAACUGAAGAGGCCGCAGACAGUGGAUUAGACUAUGCUAACACACAAAGCUCAUUUGACAUGCUAGCAAGUGUUAUUGUACAGUAGGCCUACAGGCAUUCUAAGGACAUAAGGUACACAAAACAGAAAAUCUAUUUGAACAAACUCCCCUUGUCCUUUUCUCUUCCGGACAUGAUUGCCAUGUCUGAAUACAGCCGUUAUUGGGUGUGUUAUCUUGUUUUGACUACUUUGGUCUUCUACUCCCAUUAUUGUCAUAACUCUGUCCAUACAUUGGUGAUGGCAAUGUAGCUUCAAUAAAGUCUCUCUUCUCUUUC